CCCACAUAGACAUACCACUUUCAAAUCUUCAAUUUAUACGCCUUUCCUCUCGUCAACAUUUUUCAUCAAUUUAGGCAACAAAGAAACAAGAGAUAUAGAGAGAGAGAUUAUGAUGGAAGAGAGAAAGGAGGAGAUGGGGAGAGACUGUAGUGAGGAUUUGCGGAGGUCGGUGAAGAAACUGCACUUUGGGAGCUGGGAGGAGAAGGAGGUGGCGGCGGCGGAGAUUAAGAGGCUGGCCAAAGAAGACUUAAGGCGGCGGAAAUUCAUGGCGGAGCUGGGCGUUAUUCCGCCGUUGGUGGAUAUGCUCGGCUCUGAGAUGGUGGCGCGCCGGAGGUUGGCGGUUCAAGCGUUGAUUGUGCUGGCGCAUGGAUCUUACACGAACAAGGCUCUAAUGGUGGAAGCAGGAAUCUUAUCAAAAUUACCUGAGAAAAUGGAUGUGACAGAAGAAUUAAUUAAUCAAGAGUUUUUACACCUUGUUCUGAGUGUGUCAUCAUUAGCAAGCAGCCAAUUCCCAGUGAUAAACUCCUCAAGAAUCAUCCCAUUUGUUGUCAGCAUUCUUGAGACGACAGCAAGCAAUGAGACCAGAGGAUUAUGUUUGGAAACAUUGUACAUUUUGUCCUCAGUUCUGGGGAAUUCAGGAAUCUUGGUCAGAAAUGGGGUGGUGGGUGUUCUGUUGAGGCUGUGUUCAUCAAGAGAGGUAUCAGAGAAGGCCCUGGCAGUUCUGGGGAACUUGAUUGUGACCCAGACAGGGAAGAAAGCGUUGGAAGAGAAUCCGUGGGUGCCCGAGGGGUUAAUCGAGACGAUGGCAUGGGACGAGAAGCCGAAAUGCCAGGAAUUAGCAGUGUAUAUUCUGAUGAUCUUAGCACACCAGAGUUCUGUACAAAGGGAGAAAAUGGCAAAGGCUGAAAUUGUUCCAAUCCUGCUUGAAGUGGCCUUGUUGGGCAGUCCUUUGGCUCAGAAAAGGGCACUGAAAUUGCUGCAAUGGUUCAAAGAUGAAAGGCAGAGGUCUAUGGAGCAUCAUUCCGGGCCUCAGAUGAGAAGGAGCUCGAUUGGUUCGCCCGUUCAUCCUAGAGAAGCCGACGAGGAGGGGAAGAGGCUGCUGAAAAAGAUUGUGAAGCAGAGCUUGUAUAAGAACAUGGAAACGAUUACCCGUCGGGCCAAUUGCUCAGGAGAGUCUUCCAGGCUCAAGACAUUAGCCAUUAAUUCAAGCUCCAAGAGCUUGCCUUACUAGACAGGUUGAUUGAAUUGAAGCUGAAAGGG